CUCACUACGCUGCGCACGAUCACUUCUCACUUUUGCGUGUCGCCGUCACUCCACCCAGCGAGCUCUUGUGCCGCAGCCAAGUCUCGGCGCUCCGGGCCAUCAAACCACCGUCCCCUGCCUUGCAUCUUGUUCGCAGCGACGCCGCCGUGAAUAUUCACAACUUCGAUCAACUCCCCCUCACGCCUACGACUCAGCCUCCAUGGCUGAAGUCGGCCGUAAGCACUCGCUCGAUGGCGAUAGCCAUGGGAACUUGCCUCCGCGCAAGAAGUUGAAGCUGUCGGACCUGCCCAUUUCACAAACCAAGCGAUCCGCAAUCGACAAUCUCCUCCACACCUUCAGGAAGAAGGGCGAAUAUGAUUCGAUGCGCAAGCAGCUGCUAGCGCAGUUCGAAGCUGAUCCCGUGAAAACCGAACUUCUCACCGCCCUGGAGCAGCUCGUAGAUCGCGAAACCGACCGAGAUCCUAGUCUGCUCUCCAAGGAACCACGGGUUGCCGCGACGCUGAUCGAGGGUGCUGGGGAGCGCGGCGACAUCUAUAAUCCAGUCUUGGCCGCCAUUGAUUCUAUGAUUGACCAACUGUUCGCAACUCAAGGUACUCCUAAGAUGCGCGAGUUUAGGAUCAAGGAGGUUGGUGAGGAGGCUGCUGCCGAAGAGGAAAAACGUGGGAGUAAGAGUGACGAGGAUUAUGCCAGGGAAGCGAAUGCACGACGAGGGGAGCGAGCUGCAGUACGAGAAAAGGAGCUUGAAAAAGAGCGCGAGAGGGAGCGAGAGGACAGAGUGAGGGAGAAGGAGAGGAAGCGUCGUGAGAAACAGGAGGAAGAAGCCCGUGAAAAGGAGCGGGAGAAGGCACGCCAAGAACGUGAGGAGCGGAGACGUAAGGAACGAGAGAGGGAACGAGAAGAGCGUGAGCGGGAAGAGGAAGAGCGUCAGCGUAUCAUCGAAAAGGAGCGAGAAGAGAGGCGGGAGCGAAGGAGGCGUGAAGACGAGCGUCGCCGGGAAGAGUCCCGGGAGCGGGAAGCACGUCGAAAGGAACGAGAUCGAGAGCGUGACCGUGGGCGUGAUAGAGACCGCGAACGAGGCCGCAGCCGAUCACCAAUUCGGGGUAGAGGACGAGAAAGGCGGAAGACUCCGACCCCGGAGCCGGUGAAACCUAUUGACCUGGAUGACAUCAAGGUUGAUGAUGACUUAGCAUUGGAGGCGCUUCUUCAAGAGAGUGAAGAAUUGAAAAAGUCUCGACAGAGGCCUGCCCUAGAGCGGUCCGAAUCCCUCGAACCACCCAUGCGCAAAGCGCUCCCGCCCAAGUCUAUUGUUCCACGAGACCCUACUUCGGCCAGGCUUGCCAAAAUCGAUUCAAAGCCUCAGUCACCUCUCAGCAAAUCCCCAAUCAAGAUGGAGAUCAAACUAGGCACGCCGCCUGCUGUGCCAACACCACCUACAACGACUGCACAAAACGAAGACAACCCCAAGGAAAACGCAAUUGCAGCUGAAAAACUGGACGAAAAGACUGCUGUGAAAUCAAGGUGGGACGUGGCAUCAAGAACCGAAGAGAAACCCCGUGGCCGUUCCCGUACAAGGUCCCGUAGUGUCGAACGCAGCUCGAGCAUGCGCAAGCACAGCCGCACUCGCUCCCGCUCACAUGCCAGCCGAAAAGACGAGAGACGCUCAUCUCGUUGGGAGGAUGAUCGGAAAUCUAAGCAUCGUGACGAUGACCACCGAUACCGGGCUCGCGACGACAGCAGACGUCGAGACAGGGAUGAUCGAGAUGAUAGACGUACUCGCCGCGAGGACAGAGAUUCGAGAUAUAGCCGCAGCCCGUCACGAGAAGCCUACUCUAGUCGCCGAAAGUCUCGAUAUGCUUCACGAAGUCGUUCCCCAUAUGAUCGCCGUGAUAGCCGUAGAUACCGAUCUCGAUCUCGUUCCCGUGGGGCCCGUCGCAACCGCGAACGUUCAUCGUCUCGUCGCCGAUACCGCGCACGCUCGCGAAGUCAUGAUGGUAUCGAUCGCUAUGUUCCUGGAGGUGCAGCCGCAACAGCACCCCGUGACCGAGACCGAGACCGAGACCGUGGUGGCCGCGACCGGGAAAAGUCUAGGUCUAGGUCAAGAGAUAGGACUAGGGAGAGGGAAUUUAGGAGGGGCGGGACCCGGAUCGAGGCUUCUGAUCGUUACCUACCUGGUCGAGGAAACGGUAAGGACGAUGAUAGGGACCGGCGUCGGCGCGACCGUAGUCGAACGAGGAGCCGGAGCCGGAGUCGUAGGAGGUGAGAGGGUCGAAACAUUUCAACACCGGUGUAUUAGUACAUACCGAGUUCUACGAUGAACAUUCUGGUGUGUUACUCAGGUUCUCCUACCGGAUCAUCUCAGCACCCACAUUUUGAUGGGGUUAUGUUUCUGCCUUGAAUGUAGUUAUUUCGGAUACGAAGGAUCUGCGGUGGAUUUCAGAUGCGUUUGACUUUAUCAUAAAGGAUAUAUGGGUCAGAGUCUUAUUUCUCAUGAUACCCCUGUCUCAUUCUAAAUCUGGCCUUCCUCUACAUGUAAAACAUGGAUCAUCC